AUGCUCCUCCUCCCCUUCCUCGCUCUUUUAUCCAUUCCAUUCUGCAUUGCGGCGUCUACACAGGACAUCCAUGACAAACUCCGGGGGCUUGCGGCCGCAAACAAUGGCGUCAUCAAGCUAGACGAGGGCAUCUACAACCUUUUGACGACCCCGAAGCGUAACUGGUCCGCGAGCAUCCACUUCACCGCGCUCGACCCCCGGAGGAAAUGCGGGCCGUGCAAGGACUUCGACCCGUCCUUCAAUGCAGUCGCGAAAGCGUGGACCAAAGUGCCCGCUGCGGAGCGGGACUCCCAUUUCUUUGCCACCGCAGACUUUGACAACGCUAUGGGCGUAUUCCAAAAGCUGGGCCUCCAAAGUGCGCCCGUUGUCCAAAUUCACCCCGCCACCGAAGGCCCUCGCCGGCCUGCGAGCGGCAAGACGUCUCCCGUCAUGUACGACUUCGGAAACGGCUUCGACGCCGGCCCGCUCGCCGAGCAGCUCUCGCAGUUCACGCCCGUCCCGAUCCCGUACAAGGCCCCGAUCGACUACGCGCGCAUCGGCACGGGCAUGGGCGUGCUGCUCAUCAUCCUCUCCGGCGUGCGCGCGUUCCUCCCUAUCCUGCGCUCGCGCUGGCUUUGGGCGGCGGGCACCGUGCUCACGUCGCUCAUCAUGACCUCCGGCUUCAUGUUCGUGCGGAUUCGCGGCAUGCCGCACAGCGGCGGGAACGGCCAGUGGAUCGCGCCCAACUACCAGAACCAGUUCGGGCAGGAGGUCCAGGUCGUGUCGUUCAUCUACGGCCUGCUCUCUGCGGCAUUCCUCAUGCUCACCCUGGUCACACCGUACCAAACGCACCCGGCCCGGCAGCGUCUGCAGGUCUACCUCUGGUCAGGCGUGAUCCUCGUCAUGUUCUCCGUCCUCAUCUCGCUCUUCCGGGUCAAGAACAGGGGAUAUCCGUUCAAGCUCCUGCUGUGA